UCUCUCUCUCUUUCUCUGUCUCUCUCUAUCUAUCUCUAUCUCUCUCUCUUUCUCCGUCUCUCUUUAUCGCUUUUUUAUGUGCAACUGUGCACUUCAUAUAACAGCCGGAAUCGCAUUCUUUUUAUCGCACAUAAUCACAUUCAAGAUGUCACGCACAUUGAGCUUCUCGCGCUGCCAGCCACUCUUUAGCUUGUUUUUUAUAUUAAUCUAUGUUGUCUUUUAUGUGACAACUUGGCUUGCCAGAUUAAUCUCUUUUCCACCACUAUACUUUCCUUUCUACUUUUGUCGUCAGCGUAUGCUGCAAAAUAUCAAUUUUCCUAUUUUAGUAUGGCAAUUCUUCUAACUUGAUUUCUAUGUUAUGGAACCAUACCGAUCUAACAUUAGUUUUAAUGCGGCACUUCGAAAUUCCUCGGUCUUGCCUUUGGUGCUACAUACUGGAUAUUCAUACUAGAUCGUACUGGACUCACAUUCUCAUUACAAUAUGGCACUAAAGAUUUCUCUGGACUUGCCGUUUGUGCUACGGAACCAUACCGGACUCACAUUAACUUUAACACGGCACUUCGAAUUUUUCGGACUUGCCUUUUGUGCUACGGAAUCAUACCGGGCUCACAUUCUCAUUAUAUGGCACUACGGAUUUCUCUGGACUUGCCCUUAUUGUGCUACGGAAUCACACCGGACUCACAUUAACUUUAAUACGGCACUUCGAAUCUUUCGGACUUGCCUUUUGUGCUACGGAAUCAUACCGGGCUCACAUUCUCAUUAUAUGGCACUACGGAUUUCUCCGGACUUGCCCUUAUUGUGCUACGGAAUCACACCGGACUCACAUUAACUUUAUUACGGCACUUCGAAUCUUUCGGACUUGCCUUUUGUGCUACGGAAUCAUACCGGGCUCACAUUCUCAUUACAAUAUGGCACUACGGAUUUCUCCGGACUUGCCCUUAUUGUGCUACGGAAUCACACCGGACUCACAUUAACUUUAUUACGGCACUUCGAAUCUUUCGGACUUGCCUGUUUACUAUGGAAAAACUGCGCUAUGGAUUUGUAAACAGACUCGCAUUUUAUUUGUUUCGGAUUGCUGUUCGCUACGGUCUUCGACCGGACUCGCAUCUCCUUUUACGACUGUUUGUUUUUUUUUAUAAAAUAUUUUUAUUUGCACUGCGGUCUUUAACCAGACUUGCAUGCUUCUUACUGUUUCAGUUUUCAUCAAAACUAGUGCGCUACGGAUUUUUAACCGGACUCGCAUCUUUUUUUUAAAUUGAAAUUUUUUCAACAUCUUUCUGUUUCUGCAAACACUGUGCGCUUGGGGGUUUCAGCCGGAUUCGCAUUCUUUUUUAUAAUCAUUAUAAUUAUUUCGAUAUGCACUACGGUCUUCAACCGGACUUGCAUGCUAUUUUAAAAUUAUAUUUAUUCAAAGUCUCUUUUUAUUACAAACACUACUUUGCGCUGCGGAGUUUCAACCGGACACGCAUUCUCUUUUUUUAAUCAAUAGUAUUAUUUUGGGUAUGUACUACGGUCUUCAACCGGACUUGCAUUCUUCUCGAUUUUUCAUGUUCUUUCUUAUUUUUUUUUUUAGUUUGCCAAACUGCGCUGUAGAUUUCAAACCAAACUCUCAUUCUCUUUUCCCGGUCAGCAAAAAUAUGCAUAUGCAUAUCAUACUUUCUCGCUCUUACAUAUUAAAAUGUUUGUUGGGUUCUGUUAGUAAGCGUCAGUUUUGUUGAUUGGGUACGCAACAUGGCUGUCAUUUACUUUCCACGUUUGGGACAAUGCUUCGGGAUUUUGCCGAACUCACCUUUGUUCCUUUCUUUCGUAAAACGCUACGUGCUACAACUUUUUUUCCCAGACUCACUCUUUCCAUCAUCUCUUAUCUGCACGUUUUACACACCACCAACAAAAAAUCGUACCGACUGCGCCAAUUGUAGAGUUCUGGUUCGGUGUAAUAUUUAUUCGCCCGUCUUCGGCGGUGGUUCAAUAACAACUGUCAACCUAUUCUCCCUACUUGUACAUGCUGUCCCUCUCUGUCACUGCUAUUGCAUUCUACAGUGUUCAGUAAAAUCUAUUUCGAUUGUUUUGUCGUCGGAACGACAUGCGCAUCGCAACGCGUGCCGUUUUAAGCAUGAUCGCAUCGCAACACACCGGUGCGUAAUCCUUCGAUCGUGACGUGCAUGUGACAAGUAACAUGUGCCCACCAUCUUCUUCUUAAGCUCAAAAUUCGAAAGGUGCGUGAACAGUGUAAAAUACACACGAUAUUACAUACCCCUGCGCAGUGUGUUUGUGAAUGUGCCAUCGAAGCUGAUCGUGAUCGUGUCGCAUCAUCGUCGCUAGUCAUACACGGAGUCCCCACAGUCACGAGUCCUUCCGAAUGAAAUAAUAACUAAACUCUAAGCUGCUCCUGCCCGAGUACAGUGGACGUGUGCCGUAAGCAAACAUGACUGUUUCGUAUUCAGCGGAGGUACCGAACGGUAGCAACUUUGGCGUAUUUUGGCGAAUUCUAUGGAAAUGGCGUGGCAGUGUUUAUAAAGCCGUUUGGCGGGAACUGUUAGCAUAUCUGCUAGUCUAUUACACACUUAAUUUCACAUAUCGUUACGGUCUCAGCGAAGAUGGUAAAAGGGUGUUCGAAAGAAUCCGAACCUACUUUGGCCAACAGCGGGAAACGGUGCCACUUUCGUUCGUGCUCGGAUUCUACGUCAGCUUGGUUGUGAAGCGUUGGUGGGAACAGUAUCGGAUGUUGCCAUGGCCGGACACACUCGCGCUGUUCGUGAGUGCCGCCAUCCAAGGAAAUGAUGAAACGGGACGGCUGAUGCGACGAAACAUUAUGCGCUACAUGGUCCUGUCGUACGUGAUAACGCUGCAGAAGAUUUCGCUCCGCGUUAAGCGUCGGUUCCCCGGCUGGCAGCAUCUGGUCGAUGCAGGUUUGAUGCUCGAAAGUGAGCGCAAAAUUUUCGAGAUUAUGGACUCCAAAAGCCCCAUGUCGAAGUACUGGAUGCCGCUGGUAUGGGCUACAAACAUCAUCAAUCGCGCGCGCAAGGAUCAGCUAAUCCCGUCUGAUCAUAUCGUGCAGACGCUCUUGAUGGAGCUCUCCGACAUUCGGCGUAGGUUGGGUGGUUUGAUCGGUUACGACACGGUGUGCGUACCACUGGUUUACACCCAGGUCGUGACACUUGUGCUGUACUCGUACUUUACCGCUGCCAUCAUGGGUAGCCAGAUGAUCCCUACCUACGAUGCGGCGAGCGGCACAUACCAAGAGCUGGAUGUGUUCUUUCCACUCUUCACGGUGCUACAGUUUGUGUUCUACGUGGGAUGGUUGAAGGUGGCCGAGGUGCUGAUCAAUCCAUUCGGCGAGGAUGACGAUGACAUCGAAUUGAAUUGGCUCAUCGAUCGACACAUUAAGGCAUCGUACAUGAUUGUAGACGAGAUGCACGACGAACAUCCGGAGUUGCUGAAAGAUCAGUACUGGGAGGAGGUCGUACCGAAAGACCUACCGUACACUGUCGCAUCCGAGCAUUACCGGCGCGAGGAGCCGAAAGGAUCGGCUGAACACUACAAGGUGAAGGAGGCGGAUGCGGUCUACGCAAACAUCGGUGCCGUCGGUGGGAAGCGCAUGAUGAACGACGAGAUGUACGCUGACUAUGAAAGCGUAGACACUCCAAUGGCAGAACGACGGAAGGGAUGGCUUGGAAAGGUCAGUCGCAUGGGAUCGGGACGAAGUUCGUCAACUGCUUACUCGUCCGGUGGUCUUUUUGCGCGCAAUCGACACAAUUCUGUCUACUCCAGCCCAGAAGCAGGCCUCGGUCAACCCAUUGUCACAGGGGCUCCAGCCCCUAAGGUCAGCUUGUAUGAUCGGUUCGUGAACCGGAAGUCUGGUCGACACGCGAGACAAAUUAUUAAGCAAAAUUCGAAGCUUAGUCUCAACGGAUCAGUCAUAUCGAACGUACCGCAAAAAGCGCGCCCACGAAUACCGACACCAGACGUGACGAAGGAAAGCCGUGUCGCACCACCCGGUACAGUAACGACAAGUACCGCCAACAUUGCAUCUGGUGUUGCACUGAUGGCGACUCAGCUUGCAAACAAUCCCUCUAUCUAUCCGGCAUCCACGGCCACGCUCAACAACAACGAAGUUCCAGUGGUCGGGACACUUUUAUUAGCACCGAUCAAAGAGCUAGAUUCCAGCUCGACGACCAACACUUUACACUCAGGCCAAUCCGCAACGGCUUCCCUGGCCAAAUCAAUCCUUCCAUCAACACUCAAGAGUUCCGAGCAAACGUUUUCACGUUCUCGUCCCUACUUUGCAGUGUCCCCGUUUGGGAAGGAUGGCACCAAUCUUGAGCUCACACUGACCAACUCAUCCUCGUUGGGUGGGUCACCCAAUCCACUCGGAGGCAACACCGUCAUUGUCCUUCCGGCAACAACUACUGCAGUGGCUGUUUCCGCCAACGGUACUACAGUGACCGGUACUAUUCCGAUCACGGCCGGACCGGGAAGGUCGCACGACACAACCGACGCUAGUACCGGCAUCAGAAGCACUUCGCUAGCAUCGGGUGUGCUAGUACCGAAAACGGACGCCCUGUUGCCCAUUUCGCUUACCUCUAUUCCGCUCUCGUUUACGGUGACGCCCGUUACAAACACCAGCAGUAAUAGCAACACCAGCACUACCACCACCACUGGCGGCACGAUCAUUACCGAGCUACCGUGUGACAACGGUGAGAUCAGUACGAGCGUCACGAUGAGUAACGAAAAAAACCGCCAACCACCUUCCAGCACUGCGGACAGUUCUUCCUCAGCCGCAUCGACACUAAGCAAACGGAAGCCAAAGCAUGGCGAGGUUUACGUUUAGAAGACUAGCAAACACACACAGGAUUAAUUGUACUAUAGACAAACAUAGCAAAAUUUAACACAGAAUGAAGGUUCAGCAUAGAAGCAAACGUGAAGAGAUGUGCCAAUUACAAAUUUUCCUAUUUCUGUAUCACUAUUAACACAUUCGACCCGUGAAUCCGUGCUGGAAAGCGACUUACAAAGCCACUGAGCGCUGUGUAUUUGUUCUAGAAAUCGCUGAUACAAAGUAUUGUUUGUUUUAUAAGAAAGUAAGUUACACGUACACGUGAAAGUAAAAUAAGUGUAUAUUUUUACAGUAGCAAAGAAGACAAUCAGCAGCUAGUUUUGUUCUUUCUUGGAUCAUCAUUCAAACACGCGUAUAAAUUAAGCUCGCCAGAAGUUAAGACGCACGAUUGUUCGUCAAUCGUCUUAAUACAAUUCCGUCCAUCUUUUGCCUUGCGAUAUAUGCAUUUGAAAUGUAUUUUAACUAAUUGAUAUACGUGUUACCACGAUAAAGAAGGUAGACCGAGCAAACUUGUUUUAUAUUCGGAUCGGAUUGAAUCUGGCUGAUAAUGGCCAUAUUUUACCAGCCCUAUUGAAACUUUCCUCCCAUUGCGCAUCGUAGGAAAGUUAUAUAAAAAGGUAGUGUUUAGCAUUUUAAAAACAAAUUUUGUACCAACUGAGAACCGUAAAUGGCAAUCUACCAUCUAGGUAUAAACAAUUUUUAAAUAAACGUGAUCAGGAUAUUUUAAUAGGUGUCCUUUACUUUAGCAGACCAUUUACUUUACAAUAAAUAUCUGGAAUUUCCAGAACAUACUUCUGGAUUU